AUGCCGGGAACUGCAGCGUACUGGAGUAACUGUGCUGCAGAUGUAAUUGCAAUGUCUCAGGAUAAAUUCCUUGGCCAGCCAGAUUUGUUUGUGACUUUAACGCAGAAUGACACCUGGCCAGAUAUUGAAUUAUCUGUGGAUAACAGUCCAGGGAGAUUCAGUGAGUUCAAAAAACUAUUCUUAUAUAACAAGCAAGGGCCGUUUGGAGAAGUCAAACAUCAUUGGUAUAGACAUGAAUAUCAAAAACGUGGAGCGAUAAAUACGCAUUUGGUUAUAUGGCUAAAAAAUAGAGAUGCGGCCGUCGGUUUAAUUAGUGCUCAUAUACCGGAAGCUGACAACCCAGUAUCUGGUUUUGUUAAACAUCUGGUAAAGCAGCAUCAGAUACACGAACGGUGCCUGAAAGAACGAUGCUUCAAAGGUGUUGGGUCGAAGAUUUUGAAAAUUUGCAAGUACGGAUUUCCUUUCAAAACUCCGUUGGAAAAAUGCUGUCUGGAUGAAAAAGGCGUGCGUUACCUGUAUCCGCGAUACAAGUUGGAAGAUGCGUACGUUGUACCUUAUAACGCAGAUCUACUGCUUAUGUGGCAAGGCCAUGUAAACGUUCAAAAGGUCACUGCAAAUGGGUGGCAGUUGUACCUUGCAAAGUAUGUCGCAAAAUCGGAACCGUCACUUCGCUUGCAAACGACAUCACGCAACCAAGUUGAAAAUUGA